ACCGGCAAGACGCCGCUGCACUACUGCGUCCAAGAAGGCGGACUGCUCGUGACGGACUUGCUGCUGGCUCGCGGCGCGGAUAUCAAUCUGGAGGACUCCGACGGCAGCACUCCCGUCAAGCGCGUGCUACAGCGCGCCGACCUGAAUGUGCUGCAGCUGUUCCUCAAC